AUGCACAAGACCCUGGGCCUCCUUGUCCAAGCAGGAACUGCGUGGAGCGGAAAAGGAUGUCGAUGUUCGGCGCAGCCGAGUGAAGAGGCGAGUUUUUUACCGUCGAUUCCUCUCCUUCUACGGUGCCGCCUUUCCGCGUCUGCAGCGCCCUCUCCUCCCCACAAGGUCAAUUUGUGGAGCACCGCAGCAACAGAAGAAUGCGAAGAACGUUCUGAUCUUUUCAAUUCCAGGUAUGUCGCAUUUCCAGAACCAAACCCGACACACUUGAGCAAGGAAACGGAGCGAGACAUACUUCGAAAACGCCCUUUUCUUCCCUGCGUGCAUCACCUUUUACACGAAAUCAGACGGCCACUCAACUUGUCCCGAAACAAUGAGAAACGAGCUUCGAAAGAAGUUUCCAUUGGCGACGCAAUCGAAAAAAAGUGUGCGGAGGGUGACUACAAAAGCACAUGGUGA